ACGGCACCGGGGUGUCAUCUGUCAUCGGGUACCUGUGUUUCCUAUAUGUAAGGAGGUCCAUUCACUAGCAAUCUCCUUGUGAAACUGAGCAGGAUGGCGUCUUCGGGUUCCGGGGGAGACAAGUACCGGUCUUUCUUGACCGGCGAAGGAGAGAAGAACACCAAGUGGAGAUUCGGUGGCCCCCCGAAUUACGACGUCGUCAACAAGCUGUUCGAAGAAGGCCGAACUAAGAUAUGGCCACCCGGUUCCCUAGAAGAAAAGGUGCAGAAUCUUGUGAAGACUUGGGAAAUGGAGAUGUUCCACAAGGCAAGCCCAGACGACUUCAAAACAGUUGACCCCAAAAAGCUCACUUUGAGCCUAAAUGGAAGGAAAGCCCAGAGCUUGGCAGAUGUAGGCAAGCUUGGAGGGGGCUACAACUUCUUCCUGCAGACUGCGCUACCAGAGAACCUGCGGUUCUACAAUCCAGAGGACGAGAACUUAAACUCAGCCCUUGUGGCCUUCACGACGACAUUCCCACGCGGCUUCGCGGUGGAAGUCCUCCAGGUUUUUGCGGGACCGCCCGUGAUUGCCUACAAGUUCAGGCACUGGGGUUACAUGGAAGGUCCCUUCAAGGGCCACGCCCCGACGGGUGAAAUUGUCGAAUUUUUCGGGAUCGGAAUAAUGGAGCUCGACGAGAAUGAGAAAAUUGUGAAGGUGGAGUUCUAUUUCGACCGCGGUGAGCUUCUCGGAGGUCUAAUGAGAGGAGCAAUCUUGGGGAGUUCUGGUGAAGAAGCUUCAGCCACAAGCUGCCCUUUCAUGAGGAACACUGGUUGACCCAAAAAAAAAGGAGAAGAGGGGGGAAAUGUCAUGUGUCGUCCCUGUUGUUGCUUCUUUGAGAAGCAGAGUUUGUUUCCUCCUCGAUGUAUUAUUAAUUUAUCGUGUACUUUAUGAUCAUCUCAUGUCUUUGUUUCAAUGAAUAAUUCCACCAGAGUGCUAUGUCUGAGUUUCAGUCCA